AUGAAAAUUUCGUCGGCUUUAUAGGAAAAAUUAUUAAUUAAAGAAAAUCGCGAUCUGUAUUUCCAAAAAUGAAUUUGCCAUUCAUAAGAAUAAAUCCCCUUGGGAUGGUAGUUUUAUGUGGUUGCUUUUUGUUUCUUAUUUAUAUUUAUGCCUCAAACUGGAAUGAUAAAUCAAAUGAUACAACUUUAAUCAGUUUAAAGCAUUUACUUGCAGUUAGCGUAGAUGCUGCCGAGCUUGGGGGCUUAAAAGUUCGAGAAGUUCGUCAAAGCUCUGAUUUGAAACAGAGUAGUAAAGGGAAAACUAAAGAAGGAGCGAAUGAUCCAUUGACGUAUGGAGAUAUACUGUCGCACAAAACUAUGCUAUACAGUUUGAAAAAAGCAUUUCCGAACUUGAAGAUCAUUUCUGAAGAGCAUGAUGAUAAAAUUGAGCCCCAUGAUAUUGGGCCGCCAGUUUCUGUGUGGGGUGCUGUCGAUAAAUUUCCUGGUGAUGUCCUUGUGCCAACAAAAGACAUUGUAGUGUGGAUUGACCCUCUUGAUGCUACACAAGAAUACACAGAAAAUCUUUUGCAAUAUGUAACUACUAUGGUUUGUGUUGCUGUGAGGGGAAAGCCAGUGAUAGGAGUUAUACAUCAACCUUUCCAGAAUGUUACAGUAUGGGGCUGGGAUGGACGUGGCACUUCCAAUCCAAAGCUAGCAUCAGCUGCUCAAGCUCAUGAUCCGAGCAAACCAUUUAAGAUUAUUGUGUCUCGUUCUCACUCCGGUAAAGUAAAAGAGGUAGCCAAAGCAGCUUUUGGACCCGAGACAGAAGUAAUCUCUGCUGGGGGUGCAGGCUUUAAGUCAUUGCAAGUAGCUGAAGGAAAAGCAGAUGCCUAUAUCCAUGUAACUCUGAUAAAGAAAUGGGAUAUAUGUGCUGGCAAUGCUUUGUUGAAUGCACUGGGUGGCAAAAUGACUGCACUGGAUGGAACAACUAUCAGCUACGGAGAUCCGACAAACGUGAAAAACGAAAAGGGCCUUGUGGCUUCCCUACAUAAUCAUGAUGACUUUGUGCAUAAACUAUCCAGUCUUUCAAGUUGAUAAGGCAGAAUAAGAACUCAUUGUUUGAAGUAUUUUUCAUAUUACAUUUCAUAAGCAAAAGCUUGUGUAUGAGUAGAGAUCCUUUAUAUGUAUGGUGAAUUUUACUACUGUAAAAUUCUGCAAAAUAAUGUUCCACAAGCAUAGUACUAAGUUUUAAAUGCUUUAAUUCAUUUGACUAAAAAUUCAGAACUUAGCAGCAACAUCAGCUAGCGAUAACAAGUGGUUGAAUUCAACCUCAUUCCAAUUAACUGUAAGAUAGACAAAAUCAAUUUUAUCAAGACAAAAAUACAAGGUGUUACUUGUAACUUGUAACUCAAUUAAUAUGCUUUUAUAAAAGGUUUUAAAAAAACUAAAUUUUUAUACACUCCUUCGGUCUUAUCAACUAGAUUUUUAAAAUAUCAUCUCCCUAAUAAUGUCUUGAAGAAAAAAAGUUUGACUCUUCUAUGACUAAAAUUGACUGAUUUAUGAAGUAUUGAAAAUCAUUACUUUAGAGGAUUUUUUGGUCCACCAGAUCUCUGGGGGACUGCACUCAAAUGGAUAAUUUUUUAGUAUGUGGUAAUAAUUAGUAUCCUACAACCCGUUUAUUUUAA